ACACACACACACAAUAUACACACACACACACACAUACAAUAUACACACACACACACAAUAUACACACAUACAAUACACACACAUACGAUACACACACAUACAAUCUCAUCAUGUGCUGUUACAGUUCCUCGCUUCAGGUGGCGCUAUCCUUCUGAACCCCUCAGGUGAUCGUGUGCAGGUAAUAAUGACCCUUCUCAGCUUUCAGGCUGUGAAGGAGGCUAUAGAAAAGUAGAGGACCAUCGCUGUGGGCAGAGGAGCAGUAGUUAAGAGCGAGCAGCCCGCGGUCAGGCCUGAGUGGACACUGCGUGGGCCGUUAUUCUGCUUUGGUGAGGAGCCGCCACACACAUGUGAUGCAGUCGCUCGCACAGGAAAUCAAAUCAUUCUCCAAAAACAACUUGAGAAAACAAUGCACCAGGGUGACGACUCUGAGCGGGAGACGGAUUAUCGAGACGUGGAAAGGAUCGACCGUGCAUGUGGUGGAGGACACAGGACAGUCCGAAACACCCUGUGGGUACGUGCAGGACAACACCUGGGACCUCCAAGUGGGAUACAUCAGACCUUAUCUACUGGUCGGCUCACAAGAUGCUGCCCAUGAUUUUGGCACUUUGAUGAAGUACAAGGUCACACACAUACUGAAUGUGGCGUACGGUGUGGAGAACGCUUUUCAGGAGCUGUUCGUCUAUAAAACACUCAGCAUACUGGACCAGCCAGACACUGACAUCAUCUCAUAUCUCCAGGAGUGCUCACAGUUCAUAGACAAAGCCAAGGCUGAGAAAGGUGUGGUGUUGGUUCACUGCAACGCUGGAGUUUCUCGUUCUGUCUCCAUCAUUACCGGAUACCUGAUGUCCAGGGAAGGCCAGUCAUUUGAUGAUGCGUUUUCUCUGGUGAAGUCAGCGAGGCCGGCGUCGUGCCCGAACCCGGGCUUCCUGGAACAGUUAAAGAACUUCAAACCACAAAGCAGCACACAAGCGAACGGUUUGGGUCACGCCUGAACAGGGAUGGCUAUUCCGCUUCCUUGAUUGGUGCCGGUAAUAAAAGCCUGCAGUGCUUCCCCAGAGUUUUUUAGAUGGCUUUGAUUUGACCAUCUGUACUUUAUAUAGAAAUCUACUGUUAAACGUUUACUUGCUUUGUGCAAGUAUGCAGAGUCCUUUCGUAGAGCAUGAGUAUGUGGGGAUGGGAGUCAGAGUCUUUACCACGGUGCUUUAUCCAGUCAGUCAACACAAUUAACUCGGUAUUGUUCUGUACAUUAGCUGUUUCCUGACCUCAGACCCGGCGUGGAGAUUACAGAUCCAAAAGAGGCCUGAUCCCCUGGCUGUUAAGGAAUCACACCCAGUAUCUUCUGUUCUUAUUCUUUGCUCUGUGUCUGGAGAUCUUAAUCAUUUUAAAAAGAAAGAGGAGUGAAUAUUCAUUUCCUUAAACUUUCAAAUCUGUUAGUUUUCCCUGCAAGGCGUCCAAUCAGAGUGAAGGGAUUUAAUCAGGCAGCAACAUGUUUUUUUGCUGUUUUAUGCCAAUUUCCACUGUAGCAUCACAUGGAUUUUCAUUUACUGCCCUCAGUCUCAACUGCAAUAUCAUUUCUUUUGUUUUUUUUUUGUGUGUCCUUUUCCUGCUAGUGACACCUUGUGGCCAUUCGCUUGCUGUUAAAUGGGAAUUUCUCAUCCGAUUUCUCAAAUUUUCUCCAGCAAUUCAUCUGUUUAAAGACAUCCAGCUCAUUCCGAGUGGUUUGGUGUGAAAUGCUCCAUGCGACACUCUUAAAAGAUGGUUCUUCAUUAAAGAAAAUGGUUCUAUGUAGAACUAUGAAUACCCAAAAAGCCAUAUGCAUUCUAUAUAGCACCCAAAAGGGUUCUGCUAUUGUUACAAUGUCAAGCUGGUCAUGGUAGAAGAACCUUUUCAGGCGCUAUAUAAAACCCUUCUCAGAAAGAGUUCUUUGAU